ACAACUACUGAGCCUGUGCGCCACAACUACUGAAGCCCGCCCACCUAGAGCCUGAGCUCCGCAACAAGAGAAGCCACCGCAAUGAGAAGAACAUGGACUGCAACAAAGAAGAGCCCCCGCUCAACAUAACUAGAGAAAGCCCAUGCGCAGCAGCGAAGUCCCAAUGCAGCCAAAAAUAAAGACAAAAACAAAAAAAAACCAAAUAGAUCCUUUGUAUCAGUCUCUCCACUCCCUGCCUCUUUCUCCUAUUGCCCACAGUAUACAACUUAGCAGAGAGUCAACACAAUAUGAUUCUACAAGAAAUAAAGAAAAAAUGUUUUGUCCUAUUACCCAUUUUAAUUAAAAAGCCCUUAUUAGACAAUCUGAAAACGAUGGCUGAAAACCACAGCCUCCAUCAUCUUUGAAGCCAAGAAUUAGCACCUGGGCUCCUGCCUGAUUCAUCGCUAAGGAAGAGAUGAGAGGUGAUCGGUGGUUGUCUGGAUGCUGUUGAUCAGUAACAGAACCUUGGUCAACAUUGUCACUUUUCCAAACUUGACAAAAUCCAGUUGGCUUUCCCACUGCAUAUUCUGGUGGCAUCUUAGACCAGGUAGAGUUCAAUAAACUUUCUUGAAAUCCAGGAUUUUGCAGAGAUUGAAAUUGUUCCCUCAAAGCCUAGAUUUCAAGGAGUAAGCCACAGCUCUGGUUCUCUUCUUCACUGGGAGCAAUUCAUCUUCAUAAUCAAAGACUAAUACAUUCAGGUAAACUGUGUUCCUGUGUGGAUUUAAAUCUUACUGUUCAAAAUUCACUCUUGAUAGUAAAAAAUAAGGAUGAGGCAAAUGGGUUGAAAACGGUUCUGUAGGACCCUCUAAUGGAAAAGGAACCAAAGAUUAUAAAACUUCAGAGCUUAUGAGUUUAAUGACACAUAUCCCAAAAUCUUCUUUCUGGAAAAGUUUCUUGAGAACUGGGGGCCAGAAAUAUGUUACAGAACAGCUAUCUCAUGGAAUAAUAACUCCUUUGAGUAUGGUUUCCUACAGCUGUGCAAUCUAACUCCUAGUUGGCUAAACCUCCUUACAGAAGUUAAGAUAUGCCCAGGGGACGCUGGGUCAAAUAACCAUGAACCAGCUUUCUCUUCCUCUCUGCCCUCCUCUAUCUGGGAGGUGUUAGUAGCUUUGCUCAAGACUCCCCAGAGCAACUGGAAUUGUUUCUGCUGGAGGAGACGCUCUGCAGCCCGGGCUCCGUGGGACUGAGGUGGCAUCAGCUGGAGUGAGUGUGGGGAUCCUGGGACAACCUUACCUGGUUUGUUUCUGAGAAUUAAAGAAGUUGAGGGUAAGGGUCUUCUGGGAAUUUUACUGAGGAUGAAGAGGCCUGCAGGGAAACCACUAAGGGAGAGAUUAUUCAGGGUGAAUGACCAAGAGUGUAGAGUAGAUAUUCUGGGGCCACUAGUUUUCCAGAACAGAGCUGAAAUUACUGGUUUUAAGAAUGACUACUUUCUCCUCUGGUUGAGCACAGAGGGAAUAACUGGCAGAUUUGCUUAUUUAAAAAGAGAGGAAUUAAUGCAGAACUUUUUCAUUUAAAAAAAAAGACUAAAUCUGAAACUUUGUUUGUCUCUUUUGGACCCUCAUCUAAGAGCUCCUAAACAUCUACAACCUCUUAUCUCUUAAAGUUACUUUCAUUUUUUAUUUCUUACCCUGAAUCCUUAUAAGAAACUACGGUCUUGACAAGUAGGCUGCGGGACAACUCAUCCCUAUGGGACUCUAAGGACUGGCCACUUGUCUGUGACAUUCAUCUUCCAAAUACCUUCUCUUCAGGGAACUUGAGUUCCCAGACAGCCUGGGCCCCCCUGAUGGCCAUGAGAGGUAGGGGACUGAUCCUGUGGAUCUCAGGCUGAGGACUUUCUCAUGGACCUGGAACCCUCUGCUUUGCAGCUUGAAGAGCUCCGAUGGCAGUUAACAAGGGUCCAACUUUGCUGGAUGAAGACCGCCCUGAGCAGGAGAACGUGCUGCAGCGGGUCCUGCAGCUGCCGGUGGUGAGCAGCACCUGUGAGUGCUUCCAGAAGACCUACACCAGCACCAAGGAAGCCCACCCCCUGGUGACCUCUGUAUGCAGUGCGUACGAGAAGGGCGUGCAGAGCGCCACCAGCUUGGCAGCCUGGAGCAUGGAGCCGGUGGUCCGAAGGCUGUCCACCCAGUUCAUAGCUGCCAACGAGCUGGCCUGCCGAGGCCUGGACCACCUGGAGGAAAAGAUCCCGGCCCUCCAGUAUCCUCCUGAAAAGAUUGCUUCUGAGCUGAAGGACACCAUCUCUACCCGCCUUCGCAGUGCCAGGAACAGCAUCAGUGUGCCCAUCGCCAGCACUUCAGACAAAGUCCUAGGGGCCGCUCUGGCUGGCUGUGAGCUCGCCUGGGGGAUGGUCAAAGACACUGCCGAAUUUGCUGCCAACACCCGAGCUGGCCAGCUAGCCUCUGGAGGGGCCGACUUGGCCUUGGGUGGUGUUGAGAAGGUGGUAGAGUUCCUCCUCCCUCCAGCCAAGGAAGAGUCAGCCCCUGCUCCAGGACACCAGCAUGCCCAGAAACCUCCCCAGGCCAAGCUGGGCCUCGUGAGCAGGGUUGGGGCCCUGGCCAACACUCUCUCUCAACACACCUUCCAGACCACAGCCCGGGUGCUGAAACAGGGCCAGGCCCUGGCCAUGUGGAUCCCAGGUGUGGCGCCCCUGAGCAGCCUGGCCCAGUGGGGCGCAUCGGCAGCCAUACAGGUGGUGUCCCGGCGGUCGAGCGAGGUGCGGGUGCCCUGGCUGCACAACCUCACUGCCACCCGGGAGGAGGACCACAAUGACCAGAUGGACACAGAGGGGGAGGAGACAGAGGUGGAGGAGGAGGAAUCAGAGACGGAGGAGAACAAGCUCAGUGAGGGAGCAGCCUUGCCUGGCCCACAAGGCCUCCUGGGCGAUGUGGUGCACACCCUGCAGAAGGCCUUCCAGAGCACCAUCUCGGUCGUGACGUGGGUGCCUGCGGCUGUGCUGGGCACGGCAGGGAGGUUGCUGCAUCUCAUGCCAGCCCGUGCUGUCUCCUCCACCAAGGGCAGGGCCAUGUCCCUGUCUGAUGCCCUGAAGGGCGUUACUGACAAUGUCGUGGACACGGUGGUGCACUAUGUGCCGCUCCCCAGGCUGUCGCUGAUGGAGCCCGAGAGCGAAUUUCGGGAGAUCGACAACCCGCCUGACGAGGCCGAGAGCCCGGAGGCGGAGCGCAGGGGGUCCGGGGCGCUGCCCGCUGGCUCGGAUGCCGCGUCGCGCCCCGCUCAGUCCCGCGGCAGCCUGCGCAGCGCUCGGGGCCCGGGCGCGGAAGACCGGGUGGACACGGCCGCCGCGCCGCGCACCGCCUUGCCGGCCAUGCCCCGCGAGAAGCCCGCGCGCAGGGUCAGCGACAGCUUCUUCCGGCCCAGCGUCAUGGAGCCCAUCCUGGGCCGCACGCAGUACAGCCAGCUGCGCAAGAAGAGCUGAGCCCGCUGCCCCCAUCGCCCUCCCGGCCCGGCCCGCCGCCCCGCCCCGCCCCGGCCGAGCGCUGGGGCCGUUGUCUCCUGAAAACAAACAGAACCUACAUGUCCAAAUGAGCGUUGACUUCUUCCAAGUAGUCCCCUUGGGUCCCGAGCCUCAUUCCAAGGAUGCUGCCAAGGCACACAUCAUCUUCUGAGCAUCCUUUUUGGGUUUAGCUGUCAGAGCCCAUUUUUGAGAAGCAUCAGACUAGCAGUCUGCUUUAAUUCUAUGCCUUGUUAUUUUUACCAAAAGAUUAAUUGCCUAACUUGAUCUCUCACUUCUUUCACUAAAUUUGUGGCCAAGUGACAUUUAACUGUUUCCAGUAUUUACAUCCAUCCUCUGUAGACAAAUAUUUGUCACCAGUGAACGUGUCACCACCCUAAAGGUUCAAGCAGUAGAUCCUGGCACAUUUUUAAGCCCUGAAUGCAGAGAUUCCUCUGAGUAUACAGGCUCUCAGAAGACUACUUUGAGGGGAACAGCAAUCAGGUGCAAAAGCUCUUGAGUGUUUAUAUACAUACGAGUAUCACUUUCUGAGUGCCCCACACUCUUCACAGGCUGAGUCCUGGCCUGUGCUCUGUAGCGCCACCUUCCUGUUCACAGCUACAUUUCCAUUUGCACCCUUACUGCUUUCCACCUGCAUGUUCACCCUUCCGUCCACUUCUCGAAUGCUGGCGCCCCUAGUGCUGGGAGACAGUGGUGAUCGUUUGUUAUACAGUAUAGACCAUAUAUUUGGACUCUAUAGCCACACUUCAUUCCAAGCCCUAUUUUUGAAAACGUUAAUAUUUCGUACAUUUGGAAAUGCAUACAUAUAAAUUAAAAAUUCAAACACUGCCAAAGGAUGUGUGCCUUCCUCCCUGAGUUCCCUGGUUUCUCUUCCCCAAAGCAACCAUGGUGCCAGUCACUUCUGUAUCUUUCUGAUUACGGACUGUGCAUGCACAGGCACAUGUGUAUAUACUCCCCACUGUUUACACAAGCUGUGGGAGGUUAUACUCAGUGCUGUUUUCACUCAGCAAUACAUCUUAGAAAUCUUUUUUGUAUCAGUAUCAUAAAUCCUCCUUGCUCUUUUUAACAGCCACACAGUAAGUGCUUCAUAAUAUAGAUGUGCUAUGUUUGAUUAAACUAGUGCCUUAAUCAUGGACUUUUAGGUUGUUUCCAAUUGUUUGCUCCUUCGAACAG